GUGGAAACGCGACACCUCGGCGGCCGAAAGAAAAACCCACCUCUCUCACACUCAGCACUCCUUGACACUCUAACCAGGUCCUUCCUUUCUCUUUCUCUUUUCCUUUUCCUUUUCCUCUUUUCCGAUACGGCGCUGACCAUUGCCUAAAAUAUUCUCGACCGACAGCAAUCUUGUUGCCACCCAACUUGUCUCCACACAAUCAAGAUGCCAUCCGCCGGCAAGAAGAGAAGAAUAAUUGCUUUCGACAAAAACGGAAAACGCCAGAAAGAGGAGCCAACGGAGUCAGACGAAGACCGUGUUCCUCACAAGAAAGCUAAGAGUGAUACUCUAGAGCAGCGCCGUGCCCAGUCGUUAAAGCACACGAAGAGCAGCUUCGAAGAGGAUUUGGGGAGGCUUACCCAAGAAGUCAACGAACUUAAAACAGGAGGCCAAGAGCAAGACCAGGAUUGGUGCCGACCUCACCUACCGAAAAGUUGGAAUCCUCAAGAGGAAAGUUUGAUUUUUCAGCAGAUUGAGUGCGAUGAGGGAACAUUCGAUAGGAAAACCACAAUUCAGCUGUUCGGUGUGACGGAGGCUGGCCAUUCAGUUCUCCUUCAUGUCACAGAUUUCCACCACUACCUUUACGUCGCAGCUCCAAUCGGAUUUACUCAGCAGCAUAUCCCAGGUUUCAGAGGAUUUCUUGAGGCUAAGCUCCAGAAUGGCUUAGAUCCUGCCAUCGCUUGUGUUCAUCUUCUCUUGCGCGAGAAUCUGUACGGAUUCAAUGGAAACCAGCAGUCGCCUUUGAUUGAGCAUGGAGAUGCGAAUUAUCAAAAGAUGUGGCCUGCCGGGGAUGGUGGCAUAAUGACAUACGAUGCGAUUCAGUAUGUAAUGAGGUUCAUGGUUGACACAAUGAUACCUGGAAUGAGUUGGGUGGAGGUUCCUGCUGGGGAAUAUCGCUUGGUUGAUACAAGGGAGAAACUGUCGAACUGCCAGAUUGAGGCGAAGGUCCACUUCAAGAAUUUGAUUUCCCAUCCCUCAGAGGGGGAAUACCAGAAGAUGGCACCAUUACGGAUUUUGUCCUUUGAUAUCGAGUGCGCUGGAAGAAAGGGGAUUUUUCCGGAGCCACAUCAAGAUCCUGUCAUUCAAAUUGCUAAUAUGAUUACUAAAUACGGCGAGAGCAAGCCAUUUAUCAGAAAUGUCUUCACUUUAGGGACUUGUGCGUCUAUCGUAAAUACACAGGUCUUUUCAUUCAAUAACGAGGGGAAAAUGUUGAUCAGUUGGAGUCAGUUCUUACAUGAGGCGGAUCCGGAUGUCAUCAUUGGUUACAAUAUUGCCAAUUUUGAUUUUCCCUAUCUGCUUGACCGCGCGAAGUAUCUGAAGCUUGUUGAAUUCCCCUAUUGGACACGACUUAGGAACGUGAAAUCGGAAGCAAAGGAUUCCAAUUUUUCCAGCAAACAAAUGGGGAAUCGCGAUACGAAAGCAACGAAUACUAAUGGUCGUCUCCAGCUUGACUUGUUGCAAUUGGUCCAACGUGAUUUCCAGCUUCGUUCAUAUACUUUGAAUUCUGUUAGUGCCCACUUCCUAGGCGAGCAGAAGGAAGACGUACAUCACAGUAUGAUCACUGAACUGCAAAACGGUACCGCAGACUCGAGACGUCGUCUGGCUGUGUAUUGUCUCAAGGAUGCUUAUCUUCCCCAGAGAUUGAUGGAUAAGCUCAUGUGUUUGGUCAACUAUACGGAGAUGGCUCGUGUCACCGGCGUCCCGUUCAACUAUUUGCUGUCUCGUGGACAGCAGAUUAAAUUCAUUUCACAGCUAUACAGAAAAGCUAAGGAACAAAAAUUGGUGGUGCCCAACCUCCCACCACAGGGUGGUGAUGAUCAGUACGAAGGGGCAACAGUUAUUGAGCCAGAGAGGGGAUAUUAUGAUGUGCCAAUCGCAACUCUUGAUUUCGCAAGCUUGUAUCCCAGUAUCAUGCAAGCGCAUAACCUUUGCUAUACGACUCUUGUUAAGAAAGAAACUUGCGACCGGCUCGGCCUUCAAAAGGACAUUGAUUACGAAAUAACUCCAAAUGGCGAUCGUUUCGUUAAGGCUCAUAGACGCAAGGGGAUGGUGCCUUUGAUUUUGGAGGCCUUGCUUGGAGCAAGAAAGAAGGCAAAGGCAGAUCUCAAGAAAGCGACUGAUCCUUUCGAGAAGGCCGUUCUGAACGGUAGACAAUUGGCCUUAAAAAUCUCCGCCAACUCUGUUUAUGGUAUCACCGGUGCGACUGUGGGGAAGCUGCCAUGUUUACCAAUUGCUUCAAGUGUCACAGGCUAUGGUCGUCAAAUGAUUAUGCGAACAAAGGAGGAGGUUGAAAAGAGAUACACCAUUGCAAAUGGGUAUACCCACGAUGCCAAGGUCAUAUAUGGAGACACGGAUUCCGUAAUGGUGAAGUUUGGGCCUAAAGAUCUUCCUGCUGCCAUGGAGUUGGGGAAAGAGGCGGCAGAAUUUGUCUCGCAGAAGUUUGUUACUCCUAUUAAGCUGGAGUUUGAAAAGGUGUACUUCCCGUAUUUACUCAUCAACAAAAAGCGGUACGCUGGCCUUUACUGGACGAACACGGAGAAGCACGACAAGAUGGAUAGUAAGGGAAUCGAAACGGUUAGGCGAGACAAUUGCAGACUUCUAUUGAUCGAUCAAGACGUUGAGGGGGCCCAGACAUACGUCAAGGAUUUGAUUUCGGAUCUUCUCCAAAACCGCAUUGAUAUGAGUCAGUUGGUGAUUACAAAGGCUCUUUCAAAAAAUGAUUAUACCGCAAAACAAGCACAUGUGGAGCUUGCAGAGAGAAUGAGGAAACGUGAUGCUGGUUCUGCGCCAACACUUGGGGAUCGUGUCGCCUAUGUCAUUGUGAAGGGCGCAGGUGGCGCAAAGAAUUACGAGAAAUCCGAAGAUCCAAUUUUCGUGCUCGAGAACUCUGUUCCCAUCGAUACCAAAUACUAUCUCGAGAAUCAACUUUCAAAGCCCCUGAGCAGAAUCUUCGAGCCCAUCAUUGGUGAUAGGAAGGCUCAGCAGUUGUUAACUGGUGAUCAUACGCGCACCAUCUCGGUUUCAGCACCCACAGUUGGAGGGCUCAUGAAGUUUGCCAAAAAGACCGAGACGUGCAUGGGGUGCAAGAUCCCACUCACGAAGAAGGAAGAGGCUGGCGGAGCUGUUUGCUCGGAUUGCAAACCUCGAUUCGGCGAGCUGUAUCAGAAGACCGUGACCAGAGUUUCCGAGCUGGAGGUCAAGUUUAGCAGACUCUGGACGCAGUGUCAGAGGUGUCAGGGGAGCAUCCAUUGCGAGGUCAUUUGCAGUUCUCGGGAUUGCCCGAUCUUUUAUAUGAGAAUGAAAGCGAAGAAGGAUGUUGUUGAUGCUGGAAAGGAUCUGAGGAGGUUCGAUGUCGAUAUUAGUUGGUAGUGGGGGGUUUGAUUGUCUUCUUGUGGAAUAUUCAUCUCCUUUUGUGCUUCAUUUCGCUGCUUAACUUUUUAUAGUUUUUUCAUUAUUUUUUCACUCGAGUAUUGCACUGCAUAUGGGUGGUUCACUUAGAGUGACAUUAAUGCACUGUACCUGGCAUGACUAGUAAUGAUUACCCCACUUCAUUUGUACUAUUAGACAUGAAAAGAAACAAAGAAAAAGAAAACGAUGACACAGUA